AUGCGGAUUUUAUGUAAUGGGGGUAGGUUGACUCUCAUUCAGUCAGUUCUAUCCUCUCUCCCUUUAUAUUUCCUAUCAUUUUUUAAAGUCCCUAAGUCAGUAACUAAAGCGUUGGAGAAGAUGAUGAGAGACUUCUUCUGGGAAGGCAACGAGUCUACAUGUGGGGAUCAUUUAGUGGCUUGGGAUGAGGCUUGUAGGCCUCGAGAUGAGGGAGGUUUGCCUAUGAAGUGGCUGUGGAGGUUUUCUUUAGAGCGAAAUUCGUUGUGGCAUAGGGUGGUGGUAAGCAGAAUUGGUAGGACUGACAAUUUCUGGGACUCUAAGAAAGAAAGUCGUCUGUCUCCUAAAGGUCCAUGGAGGGGGAUAUUUCAUAUCUUCAUGAUGAGUAUUUGGGAUUGUGCAUUCCCUGAUUUAGCAGUGAUUUCUAAGACAAGGAAUGCUUCUAUAAAGGAACUGAUUGUUGAUGAGGGGUUGCCAAGCGGAUGGGUGGAGAGUUGGAAUUUCAUGUUUAGAAGGAACUUAAUGGAUAGAGAGAUGCCAAGUCUUAUUUCAUUAAUGCAAAAGGUGGAACGUGUAAAAGUGUUGAGUAUUUCAGAUGAUAGUCGAAUUUGGAAAUCGGAUCUGUCUGGUGCUUUUUCUUACAAAGUGAAUGUCCAUGAUAAGAUGCAAAAAAGGAAGCCUUUCCAAUACAUUUCCCCUGGUUGGUGUGUUUGCUGCAAAGGCAGUGGAGAAGAUGUUGGACAUCUGUUUUUGGAAUGCAAAUUUAUUCAACGUUUAUGGAUAAAUGUGCUAGUGGAGUUUGAACUGUCUUGGGAAGACAUUGUCAAAGAGAUCAUCAUCUUUUUCUCUAACUUAUACACUUCUGAGAGUAGAAGGAGUUCGGGUAUAGAUGGCAUUAAUUGGAAGGAAAUCUCUGAAAAUUCAGCAAGGCAGUUAGAAAAACCUUUUGAAGAGGAUGACGUAAAGGCUGUUGUAUUCAGUUGUGAAGGCAGCAAGGCGCCGGGUCUGGAUGGAUUCAGCAUGGCCGUGUUCCAGUCCCAAUGGGACAUCAUUAAGGAAGAUUUGAUGGAAGUAUUCAAAGCUUUUGAGAGAGGUAAAUAUUCAAGGAAGCAUAAACAAGGCAUUCAUUUGCCUGAUCCCACAAAAGCUGAAUAG